UUUUCCAGCACGCCCACGGCCAGGGAGCACAGGCGGCUUGCGGGAUUAAAAAAAAAAAACGGGAAUAGGUAGACUUUUUACGCUUCAGUAGCCGCGCACGGCCUUUUAGAGUUGUAAUUGAACUCAUUGAUAUGACUUUGACUUUCCAACCUGGGUGAUGCUUGCGAGAUGCGUGAUCCUGUGACGGCAAACUCAUGACCGGACGAGGAUUCCAUUCCGAUAAUGGACGGGUUCGUCCGCGGCUCGUCCCUCGGACUCGGGGCGUGGUCACUGCACCGUUGCGCGCCGGGGUCCGCGGUCGAGUCGGGAAACCUGAAAGAGAUAUAUAUAUAUAUAUGUGCGGACGCCGGGUUCCUCUUCACGGCUCGCGCCGUCGGCGAGGUGCGUCGACCGGCACCCCUUCGACGGGAAGUAUUCGGGGCUGGGGUGGUACGCCGGACCAAACCCCCGCCGGCCGUUGGUCCCCAUGACUUCCCUUCCUACCGUCGUGCACUAAGGCCCAGCCCGCCAUCUGGAAUACGUUGUGGCGCCAUAGUCUGACAAAGGGUCGUUGGCGACUUUCUAACCGUAGUCGGUGGCUUUUUUUAGUGGUGCCCCC